ACGGCGAAAGAAGCGUGGAAUCAAUUGCAAGUGUCGUACAGUGAGGACGUGGCAGCGUGGCACGAGGAAGCUACGCAAUCACGUACCUAUGACCCAGAAUACGAUCUCCAUAAUUUGGUGAUGAAGGGGUUUUGGGACGACGCAGAAUCGAAGAUAGAAUAGAACCCUAACGAUAUUUUCGAGAGAUCCCCUGAUGGAAAGACCGUUCUCCACGCCGCGGUGUCCAAAGGGUUAACCGAUGCUGUGAAUGUGUUGGUUAAUUUGGGGAAGGAGCGGUUGGUCAAAAUGCAAGACAAGAAGGGGUACACAGCUCUUGCUCUAGCCGCCGAGUUAAUUGACGAUGAGAAGAUAGCUGAGUGUAUGUUCACAGAAGGAGGGGAUGAGUUGCUUAGCAUUGCCACACACAAAGGUGAAAUCCCUCUGCUUCUUGCUGCAGCUAAGGGCCACUCCCACAUGACUCGCUAUCUUUUCUCAGUCACUCCUCCCUCUGUCUUCACCGGAGAGAACAAAUUUCUAGAUUUGCUUCUUUCCCAAUGCAUCGCCAAUGAAAUAUUCGAUGUUGCAACAGCAAUAGUUCAACACCCCAAUGCUAAACUAUUAUCCCUGAAAAAAUCUGAUGGAAACAUUGCGCCCAUAUAUGAGCUAGCUAGCACGCCAUCUGCAUUUCAAAGUGGCGCCCAACUUAAUUUGUGGGAGCAGUUUAUGUAUAAGAUUUUGAUAGUAAAAAAUGAGAAGAUACACGCCUUUGAAGACGAAAGAAUCGAAAUCGUAUCCCAUGUUGGGACUGACUAUGAGGACGAACCAAAUACAAUCACAGAAGACGCUAUGUUGAAGGCAGCCAAAUGUGGAAUUGUUGAAUUCAUAGAAACAAUGAUGGAUGCAAAUCCUGCACUUUUAAUGGUGGAGGACCGAAAUAAAAGAGGCAUAUUUUCACAUGCAAUUUUGAAUCGUCAAGAAAAGUUGUUCCAACUCAUAAAGAAGGUAAAGGGUUCAAAAGAGAUUAUUACAUGGAGUACAGAUAAGUUUGAAAAUAACAUGUUGCACCUCGCGGCAGACUUAGGACCUCCGCCAUACCUUGUCAGCAUAUCCAAUGCAGCUCUACAAAUGCAAAGAGAACUUCAGUGGUUUGUGGAAGUAAAGAACAUAGUGCCUCGGUGGUACCUAGGAGCUAAAAAUGUAAACGAGCAAGUGCCUCUUGAAGUAUUUAUCAAAGCACACGAAGGACUUCUAAAAGAUGCUCGGCAGUGGGCAAAAGAUACAUCAAGUUCUUUUACACUUAUUGGUACUCUCAUCACUACUAUAAUGUUUGCCGCAGCCUUCACUGUCCCAGGGGGGAACAAAAGUGACAAUGGCGAACCCAUCUUAUUAAAAGAACAAUAUUUUCAGAUCUUCAUCAUAUCAGAUGCAAUAUCCCUUAUCACAUCUUCAUCUUCAGUGUUGAUGUUUAUUGGGAUCCUCACAUCACGUUAUGGUGAGGAAGAUUUCUUGAUACGGUUGCCCGUUCAGUUACUCUUUGGCCUUGUCUCCUUAUUCUUUUCAGUGCUAUCAAUGUUAAUUGCUUUCUGCGCUGCGCUUGGUUUGAUGCUAAGGGGACACCGUCGGAUGGUACUACUAACCAUGUUGCUUGCACUUCUUCCAAUACUGGUAUUUGUACCCUCUCUGUUGCGCCUCUUUGCAGAGAUUUCCAGAUCUACACUCAGGUCGAUUCGACAAAUAUACCGUCCACAAUGA